AUGAUGAUGGCAAAUUAAGAGUAAUGAUGUGACUUAUAAUUACAUUUAGAUUUAUCAGAUAAGGCACAGAUUUAAUUCUUUUGUGGUAAAUGUUAAGUGGAGAAAUUAAAUAAUAUUAAGGUGACUACUAUAAAGUAAUCCAAAGAGAGAAUUUAAUAAAUAAAUUUAUAAUAAAAAGACAUCAAAACUAGCAAGAAUUAAGUUAGACUCAAUUUUAUAAAAAUAUUUUAGAUCAAAUUAUGUAUUUAAAUAAUCAAUUGAUGAUUCUUUGGAGAAGAUGUAUAAAUAAAUAUAAUAAUAUAUAUUUUCAAUUUAAAAAGAAAAAUCAGAAUUAUAACUAUUUGAAUCAUAAUGAAAUUAUUUUGAAGAUAUAAAAAUAAACAAAAUAGUUAUUUGAAUUGGACUCUUAAGAAUAAUAAUAAUCAAAAAAAUUAACAGAGGAUAAUCAUUUUAUUAAGGUAAUAUAAAGUCAUUUCGAGCUUUUAUUCAAUAGUUCUGAAUACUUUUAGACUGCUGACACAUUUGAGGAUUGUAUAUAUGAAAAUCCAUAAAUUAAAAAUCAAACUAAUGAAAAUAUAGAUAAGUGA